AAACAAAAAGUCGAUCAAGUGAUAAUUUAAUUGGUAGUGCUAUGCUACAUCAUCCAUAUUUCAAAUGAUUUUGAAUCUAUGUGUACGAAAUCGACAAAUAUAAAAUAAUUUUUGCUUAUUUAAAAUACGUGAAUGUAAGACUCGUUUGAUGCGAGCUUUUGUUGCAUCACCGUCUCACGUUUACUGGGCGACAUGCUUUAUGGUAAUAAGCUGAUGGGCUAUGAGUAAAGCUUCGCUUAUCGGUGGCUAUAAUAAUUUUAGCAAAUUGAAUAUGUUAUAAUCAACACUAUAUUUCGUAUGGAGCACCAUCAACAUUAUUGUCUAUUUUGGUUUCCAACUCACUCCCGUCUAGAUUACUGGAAAAUUUGACUAAGCUUUCACGAUGCAUGUUUUCUUCGAGCAGUAUGACCAAAAGCACGGGAUAUGAAAUGAAAUAUAAAAAGUCACUUUUUCCAUUUUUUGUCUUUUUUUUUCUACUUCAAAGCAUCAGGAUUAUGGCAGAUCAAUUAGAAGAAGACGGUUUCGUGAAAGUUGAACGUUUUAAAUAUAAGCCCGUGACCAACAAAAAAAAGAACAAAAAGAAGAAUACCUAUACAUUUAAAGAUUCAGACGAUUGGACCAUCGAUGAUGUCACAACAACUUUGAAAGAUCGCAAAGAAGCUUUAUUGAGUAGUCGUUUUUAUAAGGAAUUGACUGUGGUUUUCGAUGAUCACUUAUUAUCCACCAAGCCCUUCGAUAUCGUUUGCUACGGUAUCGGUUCUGUACAGAAAUCCAAGAACGCCCAGUAUCAAUUUGUGUUGGCGUUAUUACUCCGUGAUUUAUUAAAGAUUCCAGGUACAAUGUACAUAUUUGAUCCCGUCAUGACUGACUUGGAUAAAGAAUUAUGUCAACUUCACAACAUUGAAAUCAUCAAGGAAAACGAGAGUGGUAAAAGAUCAAUAGAGAAGGAUACCUUGUUUUAUAUGCCACAUUGCGGAAGAGGAUUAUAUAGUAACACUCUCAGUGUCAAUUGGAAUAAGGAUCAACUUGCUCGAUUGACCAUUAUCGGCAAUAGAUUUGACAUGUAUGUUGGAAGUCAAUUGGAGAAAGAUCUGGUGAGAGAAUGCCCUUAUCUUAUCCCUGCUGUGAAAAUUGCAGAUGUUGUUUCAUUUCCCAAAGAGUUUGACAACAACCAAAUCUUCAAUGACCUUUCGAUACAAACAUUUCCUAAAAAGACACUAGAAGGACUGUCGGAUACUUUCUGGGAAAGUGUACCUAAAGCGGAUGAAGAGAAGCGUGAUAGAGAAUAAUAAAUUUGGAUUUUUCGUUGGUGUAUAAUUGCUCUUUCUUUAAAAUGCUGUCAUCAGCUUGUGCUUGGAUCAUGGAUGGAUUAGGAUACGGCCCCGUUUUAUAAUCGUAUCAUUUAAAAGUGACAGGAAUCCUCUGAAAAACUCAUAUGAGGACAACUAUAUGCAAAAUUACAUACUAUGAUGAUGUUGCUUUCCAUAACCCAAGCUUUUUUAUUCUUUCUCUUUUUUAUAAAUUGCGCUUGAGUAAAUUUGACGAUUAAUAUUGAAUCAACUGCCUCUAUGCUCAAAAAGCCCGACUCAAACUUUCCAAAAUGCUAUAAACAUUGAAAUAAGAGUAUACGAGUAGUAUUGGCGGGAUAAAGAGUAUUUCUUUAAAUAAAAUAGAGUUUAGUAAAGAAGGUCUUUAAAAUUGCGAAUUGAGUGAGCACCACAUCUAGUUUAAACAAAAGCGGAACUGUUAGGAAAUAAAUGGAUUUAAGUAUAGCUUAUAUGCUUAUAA